AUGGAAGGAAAUUUUGAAGUUGUUUUUCACCAUGGUGGAAAGUUCAUAAAUGAAGGAAAACUUAAGUAUGAGGGGGAGAGUACAAGUUUAUCCUUUGACCCAGACAUGUGGAGCUAUUUCCUUGUAGUCAGUGUAGUAAAAGGUCUAGGUUAUGAUGGGUUUAAGGAGUUAUUGUAUUGCGUUGGUGGUGGUUCUGUUUUGGAAAAUAGGUUGGAACCUUUGUUGGAUGACAUAGGAGCCAUGCACAUGAUUACCUUAGCCAGGCUUAAUGGUGAGGUUCAUCUAUUUGUUGUUCACAAUGUCUCUGAACCUGAUGUGAUAAAUAUGUUAGAAUAUAUUCCUCAAAAUACAGAUGAAGUAGAAGUUGAACCUGUAGGUAUGGUUAUGGGUGAAGGUGAAGAGGAAGUUGGGGGUAUGGUUGUUGAACCUGUUUUAGAAGAAAUAAUUGAGGUUGAUGAUGUUGUUGAAGGAGAAAUUGAAACAGAGGUUGGUGGGGGUGAAUGUGAACAACACAGUGAAAGACAAUUUGAGGUGGCUGUCAAUGAAGGUGAGAGAGGUGAGGAUGAUGAUGUUGUUGAAGGAGAAAUUGAAACACAUGUUGGUGUGGGUGAGGUUGAAGAGGAUGGUUGUGAUGUUCGAAGCUGGACCAGUAGUGGUCAUGAUGAUGGCAAUGAGGAGGUGCAUUACGACUGUAUGGAAAGUCUGGUGGAUGUUAAUGUUGAGUGUGAUUUAGAAGAGGAGGUAGGAGAUAGAGUGGCAGAUUGGUUUGGUAAUGUCGAAGUUGAUGUGCAAUCUGAUGAUAGUGAUGUGGAUGAUGGAAUGAAUAGUGAUCAUGAUAGAGGUUUGUCCGAUGAUGAAUGGAAAUCUGAUGAAUUAGACAGUGGAGCAGAAAGUGAAGCAGAAGAUGAUGAAGAGGAGGGUUAUGGGAAGUUUGUAACCUUCUGCAUGCCUAAGGCAAUGGUAGAUUAUAAAUGGGAUGUGGGAACUUAUUUUGCUAAGAAGGAAGACUUUGUGGAUGCCAUGAAAACAUAUGCAAUAGAAAAUGGCAGAAAUAUUAAAUAUAUUAAAAAUGAUAAGAAGAGAAUGAGGCUAAAAUGUAUGGGUGGUAAAGGAGAGUGCCCCUGGAUGGCAUAUUGUGCUUAUAUGGAAGCCAUUCAUACGUGGCAAUUAAGGACUAUUGUUGAUGACCACAGAUGUAGUAGAGAGCACAAAUUAAGAUUAAUUAAUGCAAAAUGGCUCAGUAAAAGGUUGGAAAAAACUGUUAGAGAAAAUCCACAAGUAAAGGGAAACGAAAUUCGUGAGAAGAUAAAUCGGAAAUGGAAUGUAGGUGUAUCUAGAUGUAUGGCUUAUAGGGCAAAGGCCAUUGCUUCAGACAAUGUUGAUGGGUCUUUCAAAGACCAAUAUAGAAGGAUUUAUGAUUAUGCCAAUGAGGUUUUAGCUCGUAAUCCAGGAUCCACAGUAAAAGUCAAAGUUGAAGAGAAUGUGGAUGGAAUCAGUUUUAUGAGGUUUUAUACAUGUCUAAAGGCCUGCAAGGAUAGUUUUGUGUCCUGCAGGCCAAUAAUUGGGUUGGAUGGUGCUUUUCUGAAAGGAAAAUAUGGUGGUGAAAUGUUAACUGCUGUUGGUAGAGACGCAAAUGAUCAAAUGUUACCUCUUGCGUAUGCCGUGGUGGAAGUAGAGAACAAGGAUACUUGGAAAUGGUUCCCUGAACUUCUGGUUGAAGAUCUCGGUGGGGAGGAAGUAAGUUCAUCAUUUACAUUCAUGUCGGACCAGCAAAAGGGACUAUUACAAGCUGUACAAGAAGUAGUGCCUGGAGUUGAUCAACGUUUCUGUGUUAGGCACUUAUACGCUAAUUUUAGAAAGAAAUUCCCUGCAAAACAACUCAAGCGUUUGAUGUGGAAGGCAGCUACAGCAACCCAUCCACAAGCAUGGGAAGCAGAAAUGAGAAAUAUUAAACAGCUUAACGAUGAGGCUUUCAAAUACUUGUUAAAAAUCCCUCCCAGGUACUGGUCAAGAUCAAGAUUUAGCAGCAAGCCUCAAUGUGAUACUUUGGUUAACAACUUGUCAGAGGCUUUCAAUAGUGUAAUGGUGCAUACAAGGUCUAAGCCAAUCGUAACCAUGAUGGAGGAAAUCCGGCUUUACUUGAUGAAGAGAUGGGCAACUAACAGGACAAAAAGUCAAUCACUUUCUGAGAACAUUUGUCCAAAAAUCAAGACUAGACUAAAGAAGGAGUCUCAGUUAACUAAAUAUUGGAUACCGUGCUGGUCAGGAAACAAGAUUUUUGAAGUUCGCCAUGUGUCCCAAGCCGGUGACAAAUUUGUAGUCAAUUUAGAUGAAAAUUUGUGUACAUGCAGGAAGUGGGAAAUCACUGCCAUACCAUGUUGCCACUCGUUAGCUGCUAUGAAAUUCCUAAAUCUUGAUGCAGAGGCCUUCAUUCCAUGUUGCUUUAGGAAGUCAACAUAUGAAGAAACAUACUCUUCAAUUGUGUAUCCAAUAAAUGGUAACAAUCUGUGGGAGAUUACCACAUAUCAAGAUGUUCUCCCUCCACCAAAAAGAACUUUGCCUGGAAGACCAAAGAAGAAGCGAAGGUUGGAGCAAUGGGAGUUGGUGAAGGAUGACAAAAGAAUGAGGAAGGGUGGUUUCAAGAAAAGAUGUGGCAUUUGUAAGGAACUCGGCCACAACAGGACUUCUUGCACCAAAGCACAACAAACACAACAAAGUAACCCAUCAACUCAACCAAACAUCCCAUCAUCAAAUCAAGAAGAAGCUGCAGUUUAA